AUGCCACAACCUCUGAGCACGAGAGAGGGCAACCUCUUUCGUCAGGUCGUCCGCAACUAUGAGGAGAAGCAGUACAAGCGCGGUCUCAAAGCUGCCGAGCAGAUCCUCAAGAAGAACCCAAAGCAUGGGGAUACGAUGGCCAUGAAGGCCCUCAUCCUCAAUGCCCAGGGCAAGACCGAGGAGGCCUUUGCCCUGGGCAAGGAGUCUCUAACCAUCGACAUGAAGUCCCAUAUCUGCUGGCACGUCUACGGCCUGCUGUACCGCUCCAAUAAGAAUUUCGAGGAAGCCAUCAAAGCCUACCGCUUCGCCCUCAGGCUCGAGCCCGAGUCGAGCCAGAUCCAGCGAGACCUCGCCGUCCUCCAGAUCCAGAUGCGCGACUACCAGGGUUAUGUCCAGAGCAGGCUGGCCAUGCUGCAGGCCCGUCCUGCCCUCAGACAGAGCUGGACCGGCCUCGCCAUCGCCCACCACCUCGCCGGGAACCUGACAGACGCCGAGAACAUCCUCAAGACCUUUGAAGACACCCUGAAGACUCAGCCUGCCCGCUCCGAUCUCGAGCAUUCCGAGGCCCUCCUGUACCACAACAUGAUCAUCGCCGAGACCGGCGACUUCCAGAGGGCCCUUGACCACCUCGAGUCUGCCUGCAAACACAACCUGGAUCGCCUGGCCUACCUGGAGGCUCGCGCCCGGUACCUGACCGAGCUGGGAAACAAGGAGGAGGCAUCUCAAGCCUGGCGCGCUCUCCUGGACCGGAAUCCCGACCACGCCGAGUACUAUGACGCCCUGGUUGAGGUGUCAGAUCUUUCCGCCGGAGACGACCUCCUUAGCCGCAAGGCCAUCUAUGACGAGUACGCCGUCAAGUUUCCCCGUUGUGACGCCGCGAAACGGCUCCCGCUAGACUUCCUAACCGGUGACGAGUUCAAGGCCGCAGCUAAGUCAUACCUGGCCAUGGUCCUCGACAAGGGCAUCCCGUCUACCUUUGCCAACCUGAAGCACCUGUACGCGGACGAAUUCAAGAAGGCGACACUACGAGACGUUGUCGACGAGUAUCUCUCCACCGCCGCCGCCGAGGGUGACAGCUCGAGGGGCAGGGGUGCAGCCGUCUUCUACCUCGCCCAGCACUACAGCUACUACCGCAGCCGCGACCUCCCCCGGGCGAUGGAGUAUGUGGACAAGGCUAUCGAGGAGGACCCAGAGAAUGUGAAUUUUGCCAUGACAAGAGCGCGGAUAUGGAAGUACUACGGCAACCCGCAGAAGGCCUCGGAGGCCAUGGAGCACGCCCGAGAGCUCGACACCAGGGAUCGAUACAUUAACACCAAGGCCGCCAAGUACCAGCUGCGGAACAACGAGCUGGACAGGGCACUCAAGACGAUGGGCAUGUUCACUAAGGCUGACACGCCCGGCGGCCCCCUUGCGGACCUGCUGGACAUGCAGAGCGUCUGGUUCCUGACCGAGGAUGGCGAGGCGAAUGCGCGCCUCGGCAACUUGGGGCUUGCCCUGAAGAGGUUCCAUGCUGUCUUCAACAUCUUUGACAUAUGGCAGGAGGACCAGUUCGAUUUUCACGGCUUCUCGCUCCGCAAGGGCAUGAUACGAGCCUACAUUGACAUGGUCCGGUGGGAGGACCACCUGAGGGACCACCCAUUCUACACCCGCGUUGCAGUCGGCGCUGCCAACGCCUACCUGCGCAUAUACGAGCAGCAGGAAGAGAAAGCCGCGAACGGGGUCAACGGCACCGAGAAUGGCAAUGCCAACGGCGACGACGCGCUGGAGAAGAAGAAGGCCGCAAAGAAGGCCAGGAAGGAGGCCCAGCGCCUGGAGCGCGAGUCUGCCGAGAAGGCGGCCAAGCAGGAUCCCAACAAGAAGGGGGUCAAGCCUGACCCGGAUGCCCAGAAGAAGCAGGAUGACGACCCCCUCGGAGCCAAGCUCGCCGCCACCACCGAGCCGCUGGCAGACGCCAUGAGGUUUAUCAGUCCGAUGUUGCAGUGCAGCCCCAAGAGCAUUCAGGCGCAGACCACCGCCUUUGAGGUGCUCAUCCUCCGGAAGAAGUAUCUUCUUGCACUACGAUGCCUAAAGGCCGCGCUGUCGUUGGAUGCGGAGGAUCCCAAGGCCCAUGAGCAGGCCAUUCGGCUACGGCACGCUCUGAACACUGAUCUGGCGACGCUCCCACCCAAGGUCACAGAGGUUAUCAACGCCGAGUUCACAGAAGUGUCCGCAUCGGCGGACUUGGCCAAGCUCAACCAAGAGUACCGAGAGAAGCACAAGAUCAGUCCGCAGCACGUGCUGUCAAGCAUUCGUGUUCAGGCUCGGCUUGGCGAGGACCGUGGCAAGCUUGCCAAGGAUGUUGUGGCCCUCUUGCAGCUCGACGACAUCAAGGUGGAGGACGCAAAGGACGCGCAAGACGUGCUGAGAGCCUGGAAGAGCGGAGAGGUGGAUGGAUUCCAGAAGACGGCGCAGCAGAAAUGGCCAGAGUCUUCAGUCUUUGCCUAGAACGCUUGGCUGGACAGCUUGGGCACUCUUGCGUCAAACGCAGCCUGUGGAUCAUGGCAGGUGAGAUUGUCUUCCUGCAGGUCGGCACCAUUGACUGGAGCGUGGAGCAGGUGAGCGGCCCUCGAAUGGGGCGUGAACUCUCCGCCAGGAUGCACGACUUAGGUGGGAGUCCAAAAACGGACUUGUGCAUCCCCCUCCCCCCCUUUUUCCCGCGCUCGCUCACUCACUCAUGAUCAAUGCUACCCACCAGAAACGCUGGCACGGCCGAGGAGCCGAAAAGUGGGAAGGGGGAAGGACAUUAGGCUUGGAAGAGCGCAUAGAGCAUUGGAAAAUACAACAAUAUCUUCACAC